AUGGAGGAAGAAAAGGAAGCGUUGGUGGCAAAAAGCGAAAAUGAGCAAUCAGACGAGGUGAAGAAGGUGGAGAUUCACCUCUUCCGGCAAGGUGAAGGACCCAUUGCAGUGUUCCAAUCGGAGCUUGGCGGAUUGGAACAAAACCGUUUGAAUAUCCGUCAGAUCCUCCAGAAACACUCCCUCAAAUCCAUAUUCGCCUUCAACCCUCGAUCUGGCCGCGCCGCCCCCAUCCGCUUCGACCCUAAAACCGGAAAUUCCGCAUUGCCUUACCGAAACGGUGCCGUUCUCUACAUCGACAGCGAACCCAAGGAGUCGUUUCUGAAACCUUUGAGCAGGAUCUUGAUUGGGGUGGCACUGAUAACUAUUAUGAUAAUGUUGGUUACGGGUGAUAUUGCUGUUAAUAGUACUCCAGAAUGGGUUCAGAAAUUGAAUGUUUCAGGUGUGAAUUUCCCUCCUUUGAUAGUGGCUUGUGUAGUUGUUGUUUUCUCUCGUAUGCGGCACAGGACCCGACGGUUUCUCAAGAGACUUGGUAUCUAA